AUGGAGACAUAUAGUUUAGAUGUAAGUGACAUAUUAAAGCCAACAGAUGUCACUGAAAGGAAAUCAAAAAUCAUCUGCACUCUUGGCCCGUCUUGCUCGACUCUUGAAGUUUUGCUACAAAUGCUAGAUGCUGGUAUGAACGUCGCAAGACUAAACUUCUCUCAUGGUGAUCAUGAAUCUCAUGCAGAAAUGGUCAACAAAUUGAGGGAGGCUAAGAAGCUCAGGCCAGGCAACUCCUGUGGGAUCUUACUUGAUACUAAAGGACCAGAAAUCAGAACAGGAUAUUUGAAGGAUCACAAGCCGGUUUCUUUUACAAAGGAUCAGGAGCUUGAAAUCUUGACUGAUUACGAAAUUGAAGGGGAUAGCACCAAAAUAACUUGCAGUUAUGAAGCAUUGCCCACCACAGUCAAACCUGACGACCAGAUUCUCAUAGCUGAUGGUGCUGUAGUCUGACAUGUCCUUGAAUGUUCCAAAGAUUCAGUGAAGGUUAGAGUCAUGAAUGAUGCCACUAUUGGGGAGAAGAAGAACAUGAACUUGCCAGGCAUAGAAGUUCAAUUACCCACACUGACAGAGCAAGAUGAAUUAGACCUGGUGGAUUUCGGUAUUAAGGAAGGAGUAGAUAUUAUUGCAGCCUCUUUUAUCAGAAAAGCAUCUGAUGUAGAAUACAUUAGAGAUGUAUUGGGACCCAGAGGAGCAUACAUCAAGAUUAUAUCCAAGAUCGAGAAUCAAGAAGGAUUAGAAAAUUUUGAUGAGAUCUUGAAGGUCUCUGAUGGAAUUAUGGUUGCAAGAGGAGAUCUUGGAAUGGAAAUUCCCACAGAAAAAGUAUUCUUGGCUCAAAAAUACAUGGUUCAAAAAUGAAAUUCUUGGUCAAAACCGUGCAUUGUAGCAACACAAAUGUUAGAAUCAAUGGUUAAGAAUCCUAGACCAACAAGAGCAGAGGCUAGUGAUGUUGCUAAUGCCAUACUUGAUGGAGCAGAUUGAGUGAUGCUCUCUGGUGAGACAGCUGGAGGGAAAUUCCCAGUCCAAGCAGUAAAAAUGAUGGCAAAAAUUGCAACUGAGGCAGAAGGAACAAUUAAUUAUCCCAAAUUACACCUAGAAUUGGUUAGCAAAUCUCCUACUUUAAUCGAGACAAAUGAGCUCUUGGCCUCAGCUUGUGCUCAAGCUGCUUUUGGAUUGAAUAUAGACCUUAUCAUUGUCAUAACUAGAACAGGAAGGAUGGCUAGAUUGGUGUCUAAAUAUCGUCCAUCUCAAAAGAUUCUUGCAUGCAGCACUUCUUUUCCAGUGGUUCGUCAAAUAAAUCUAAUGAGAGGAUGUAUUGGAUACAGAGUCCCUUCCUUCCAAGGAAUCGAUAAGAUUCUACAAAAUCUCAUAAAGGCUGCCAAGAGCAUGGGCUAUUGAAGUUCAGGUAAUGUAGUUAUUGCCCUAAGAGCAAACAGUGAUCACAAUCAAGCCCAAUCGAAUAUGAUGGAAAUCUUUGAAAUUGAAUAA